CAUCUGGUUUAUCAGGUACAUCCAUCUCUAUCAGUCUUCCUACAAGUGCCUCUAAAGAAUUUCUACCAGUAACAAGAAAUCAUAAUAAAACUAAGCAACCAGAGAUGGCAAAGAUGGAUGUGGGAGUUGCGGCCAUCUGUAUUCAGAGAGCAUGGAAAUGUCACCACAACAGAAAACUCUUUAAGCUACUUAAGCAUGCCAUCCGGGCCGCUGAAACAUGUGCUGCAUAUGGAAUUCUGAAGAAAGUCAGCCCAGUGGAGGCAGAACUGCUGAAAGAUCCAGGAAUGCAGUGUAAAGUAAGAUUCAGAUUUGCAGGUUAUGAGUUCCCACCAGUCAUAGUCUUUAAGAUUUUUCAUCGCUCAGGCAACCAUAGAAGCCGAUACAUCAGUGGAAAGAGAGUGAUUAGUCCUUCAAGUGAGGCUGCAAUGGACGCUUGUAAGCUGAUGGGGCAUCGAACAUACUACGAUCAAGUGAUUUAUGAUCAGCUUGAACAUCAGACAUACAAAAUCACAGAUACUGUAGAUGUGGCCACAGUUAAAGAUUACAUGCAAUACAUAAGCCACCUUGAUGAGACACCAGCACACCUUGGAGGCCGGGAUAAUUACUGGAGAAGACUGUCACUGAAAAACAUGCCUAGGACAACAAUUAUGUAUGACAUAGUAAAUUAUGCCGAGUCCGGGACCCUUUCAGACAGACUUAAAGAUGAAAUCAAGUUGCUUCUUCAGAUCCCUGGAAAUGAGGUCAUACAGCAGACACAGCUCAGUGCUGUCGCACAAUACAGAUCACCAGCACCACCUCCUUCAUCAGCAAUCUCUACUUGCCUAUCAUCUCACUACUCUGUGGCCCCCAGAAAUACAUCUCGGAGAUCACAUAGGGCUCGUCUAAAAGUGCAAAAAAUGAAAAGGCUUUACGGCCUAGAAAAAGAGGGACAGGAUCUGACAGACACCGAUCAGAGACAGUUUCCAGACGGGAAAAAUACCUUUAACCAAGUGGUGUUUUCUGAUGAUGACUGGGAAGAAGAAGCAGAAAAACUGUAUGCAUGGAGUCAAGGCUUGUCCCUGGAAGAAUCAGAAAUGGCAUCUCCUCUACCCCUUUAA